UUACAAGCAGCAGAAGCUCUUUCUAAUCUCUUUUUUAAAUUGGUGGGUCUCGGGUGUGCCAGCUGGGGGUCGUUGUAUAAAAGGCUGAGUCGUUUCUCAGAGAGUCUACAGAAGUUUUCUUCCACACCACUACGAAACCAUGAGUCUCUCUGACAAGGACAAAGCUGCCGUCAAAGCCUUCUGGGCCACGAUCUCCUCACAGGCUGAAGAAAUCGGUAGACAAGCUCUCUACAGGAUGCUGACUGUUUACCCUCAGACCAAAACCUACUUUUCCCAUUGGAGUGACUUGAGCCUUGACUCACCCCAAGUGAAGAAGCACGGGAAGACUGUUGUCUCAGGUGUGGCAGAGGCUGUGAACAAAAUCGAUGACCUGACCAAUGGGUUGCUCAACCUAAGCCAGCUGCAUGCUUUCCAGCUGCGUGUUGACCCCGCCAACUUCAAGAUCCUCUCCCACAAUUUGCUGGUGGUUCUGGCCAUCCUGUUCCCCACUGACUUUACUCCUGAGGUGCAUGUGGCUAUGGACAAGUUUCUCGCUGCUUUGUCCCUGGCUCUCUCUGAGAAGUACAGAUAAGAAGCUCUGCAGGCAACAGAACAGAGACAUGCAAACGCACAAUAUGUUUUUUAUGUUCUUGACUGAUCUAAAUAAAAGCCAACACUAUGGAAAGUAA